AUGAGUUUCUUGCGGUCCAGCGUCUGCAGAGCUUGUCGCCGUUCGCAGCAGAUUCGCUUGCAUAGAGGCCUUGCGACGGCCAGCAAUCAGUCAUACGACAACCGGGUGAGGCUCGUCGAGGUUGGGCCUCGGGACGGCCUGCAGAAUGAGAAGAAGACAAUCCCGUUGGAGACCAAGAUUGAACUUAUCCAACGAUUGGCCCGAACUGGGGUUUCUACAAUUGAAGCUGGAUCCUUUGUUGCUCCCAAAUGGGUGCCUCAGAUGAGUAACUCCAGCGAAAUAUUACAGCAUAUUCUCAACGGAAAGGUUUCUUCUCCCGGUCCGAUCUCAUACUCCUUCCUAGCACCCAAUAGCAAGGGCCUUAAAUCUGCCGCCGAUAUCCUCAGUGCGAAUAGCGGAAAGUUUGCAACUCAGCUGGAGCCAGCAGCUGGAGCCGAGGCCGCCACCAAGCCAGUUGUUGAAGUCGCAGUCUUUGCUGCUGCUACCGAGAGUUUCACGCAGAAGAACCUCAAUUGCGAUAUCAAGACAUCGCUCGAACGUUUCAAGGAGGUGAUUAGGGAUUCCAAGGCUAUGGGUCUCAGAGUACGCGCCUACAUUUCUGUAGUCUUAGGAUGUCCAUUCGAAGGGUUCGACGUUGAUCCUCACAAAGUGGCCGAGAUCGCUACAGACCUUCUGGAGGCUGGAGCAGAUGAGAUCUCACUCGGAGACACUACAGGAAUGGGUACAGCACCUCGAACGGGAGCUCUCCUCCAAUGCAUGUCUGCAGCUGGAAUUCGAACCGAGGAUAUUGCCAUGCACUUCCACGAUACAUACGGCCAAGCUUUAGUGAACACAGCUGUAUCCUUAGAGCAUGGCAUUCGGACAUUUGAUAGCAGUGUUGGUGGUCUGGGGGGCUGUCCUUAUAGCCCUGGCGCGACCGGUAACGUUUCAACGGAAAACAUGGUUUACUUUAUGGAAACUCUGGGCAUGGACACUGGUAUUAAUCUGGAUGCCAUGUCUGACAUUGGAGAUUGGAUCACAAAGGAGUUGGGUAAGGAAAAUGGCAGCACCGUAGGCAAAGCAGUUCUUGGAGCUCGGACUCGAGCUAUGCAAAACUAA